UCUGAAAUAACUUGAAAGAAAAUAAGAAAUCCAAAGAGAUAAGAAUCCCCUAUUUAAAACCCGUCUUGGGACUGGGGACUGGUGGUGAAGUUGACCUUUAACUUCUUCCUAUUUCUUUAGUCAUCUUUUCUUGAUUCAUUUCGGUCAUCCCCCAAACUCAAAAGCAUGGAACGACUUCGUCAACUCAUCAUCUUCUUUUUUCUCUUCUUGACCGUUCUUGAACAUGCUUCUUCUGCUCGGAUCUUGAGUAUCGCCGCCAAGCCCGACAGGCAUGAUAUUGCUGCAAGUGCUCGUUGGCUUGUCUCUCAGAACAUUUGGGGUGUACUCAGCACAUUGUCCAUUGAGCAUAAUGGAGCACCUUUCGGGAAUGUUGUAUCAUAUAGUGAUGGUUUGCCGGGAAAAGGCAACGGUAUACCAUACUUUUACUUGACAAUUCUUGAUCCAACCACAAGAAACGCAUUAAAAGACUCGAGGGCUUCAUUCGCAGUCAGUGAAUCUCCCAUUGGAACUUGCAAGAGAGAUCCAAUGGACCCUACUUGCUCUAAGCUAACCCUCACUGGAAAGUUGUUGCAACUGGGUGAAGGAUCUGAUGAAGAAAAAGUAGCCAAAAAGGCUCUAUUCACUAAGCAUCCAGAGAUGAUGGAUUGGCCUAAGGGACAUGAGUUCAGUGUCUUCAAACUGGAGAUCAUCAAUAUAUUUCUGAUAAACUGGUAUGGUGGAGCUAAAUCCGUCACUGUAGAUGAAUACCUUCGUUACAAGGAGACCAAAGUCGCUUCUUUUUUAUGAAAAUCUCGCCUGGGAGUUGAGCAAAUGGUGAAGAAGAAACAUCAUGAACCUUGUAUAUUGAUAACACAAUAAAAAAUGUGUUCAAACUCUUCUGUAAAUUGAAUAUUGUUUAUAGCCUUUCAAUUACUUUUAUGUGGACAUGAUGAAUAUAAAAGUAUUCAUAAAUUACCACAAAACCAAUUUCAAGAAGGUACAGUAGAUACAAAUAUAUUGCUAUGAAUAAAAUUUACAAGUGUGCAGAGUUUGAUUGUUAAAUGUCUCUUG